AUGGAGUUUUGCCCCAUCCACAUGCUUUCUGUAAGAAUCAUACAAGCCAAGAACAUCAAGUCAAGAGACCUGUUGACUGCAUCAGACUGCUAUGUGCGCUUGUGGCUGCCGUCUGCUUCAAAUAGAAAGCUUCAGACCAAAACCAUCAAGAAUUCUGACAACCCUGUCUGGAAUGAGAUGUUCUACUUUAGGAUCCAGAGAGAAGUUGAGAACAUUUUAGAAUUGGCAGUGUGUGAUGAAGAUCCGCUCACCAAAGAUGACAUGCAGUUCACAGUUCUUUUUAAUGUUGCUAGAAUCAGACCCGGAGAGACACUCCGUGAGAUAUUUGCUUUGAAAUCAGAGAAUGAGAGGUGCACUAAGAAAUGGGAAAGUUUGGAAGUGGAAUUCUGGAUGGAAAGAAUUCCUGGCCCUCCAGAGCACAUCAUUACCAAUGAUGUCCUAGUGUCCCGUGAGGUUUGCUGCUUGGAAGUGCAAGUGGACAUUAAUGAAAGCAGGAGGUAUUUGAAAGAGGGUAAAAAUCUCGUGCUUACGGUGUCUGCAUCUCAUGAGGGAACACAGAAAACUACAGAGGACACAGAUACUUUCUACUUCCAUUGUGUGAAGGCUUGGGAACCAGUUCUAAAAAUCAGGCUGCAGAAAGUUUGUGAUAAGGAAGAUGACAAUAGCAAUUUAAGUGACAUCUUAACAGUACCACUGAAAUUUCUUCCUGUUGGACAUAAAGUGAAAGUAAUCCUCCCUGUAAGACAUAAUGUGCCACUGCAGUUGUACCUCCAACUAAAUGAUUGCACAGAAAAACUAGAUGUGCGCUUAGGGUAUGAUCUGUGCCAAGAAGAGCAAGAAUUCUUGCAAAAAAGGAAGAGAGUGGUUGCCAGUGCCCUGAAAAGGGUUCUUCAUCUGGAAAGAGAUCUACAUGGACACGAGGUCCCAGUAAUAGCUGUUAUGGCAACAGGUGGAGGCCUCAGAGCAAUGUCAGCUAUGUUUGGCCACCUCUUAGCUCUUCAGAAGCUAAAUCUGUUGGACUGUGUUACCUAUGUCACUGGGGCUUCUGGCUCAACAUGGACCCUAGCAGACCUGUAUGAACAUGCUGACUGGUCACAGAAGUCUCUGGAGGGGCCACUUAAGGCAGUGAAAGAACAAGUGACAAAAUGCAAGCUCAACCUUAUGUCUAUAGAGCAUCUGAAGUAUUAUCACAAGGAACUUGCUGAAAGGGCAAAAGCAGGACAUGUGUCAUCUUUUACAACUUUGUGGUCACUUGUUCAGGAAAUGUUCUUACAUGAACGGCCAAGAAAGUACAAACUCACAGACCAGCGCAGGGCAUUGGAGCAUGGACAAAACCCAUUGCCUUUCUAUGCAGUCCUCAAUGUGAAAGAGGAAAAGUUCAGUACUUUCAAAUUUAGAGAGUGGGCGGAGUUCUCUCCUUACGAGGUGGCCAUACCAAAAUACGGAGCCGCCAUUCGUUCAGAAUAUUUUGACAGUGAAUUCUUCAUGGGAAGGCGAGUGAAGAAGCUGCCAGAAUCUCGGAUCUGCUAUCUGGAAGGUCUUUGGACAAACAUCUUUACUAGGAAUUUGCUGGAUGGCUUGUACUGGUCUUCAAAUUCCAAUGAAUUCUGGGAACGAUGGGCCAAAGAUAUGGUAGAUAUAG